AUGGCAACUUCCAAUGGCUCCGACGACGGAACCACUCUAUCGGAAUCGGCGUUGAUCUUUCUCGGAACAGGCUGUUCCAGCAUGGUUCCCAAUGUAUUGUGUCUCAUCAAUCCCUCUGAUCCUCCGUGUUCCGUUUGCGCUCAGUCAUUAUCGAUUCCGCCUGAGAAAAACCCUAAUUACAGGUGUAAUACAUCGCUCUUGAUUGAUUAUUGUGAAAGCAAUGGUGGUCACAAGUAUAUAUUGAUUGAUGUUGGCAAGACCUUUAGAGAGACGGUGCUCAGAUGGUUUGUACCUCAUCGGAUUCCAAGAAUCGAUUCUAUUAUUUUGACUCAUGAACACGCCGAUGCAGUCCUUGGAUUGGAUGAUAUACGGGCUGUGCAGCCUUUUAGUCCAAUAAAUGAUAUUGAUCCCACCCCCAUCUACCUGAGCCAGCAUUCAAUGGAAAGCAUAGAAGAGAAGUUUCCUUAUUUGGUUCAGAAACGCAAGGAAGGACAAGAAAUUCGAAGGGUAGCUCAGAUUGCCUGGAACAUUAUUACUGAUGACUGCAAUCAACCAUUUUUUGCAUCAGGAUUAAAGUUCACUCCUUUACCAGUAAUGCAUGGAGAGGAUUACAUCUGUCUGGGAUUUCUUUUUGGUGAGAAAAGUAGAGUGGCUUAUAUAUCUGAUGUUUCACGGAUUCCCGAGAGUACAGAGUAUGCUAUUUCAAAAAGUGGAGCUGGACAGUUGGAUCUUCUAAUAUUGGAUUCAUUGUAUAGGACUGGAUCACAUAACGUUCACCUUUGUUUUCCACAGACUCUUGAAACUGUUAAGAGGUUGUGUCCGAAGCAAACCCUUUUGAUUGGAAUGACUCAUGAGUUUGAUCACGACAAGGACAAUGAGUUUUUGAAAGAAUGGUCUAGAAGGGAAGGAAUUCCGGUGCAGCUUUCUCGUGAUGGUUUGAGAGUCCCCAUAAACUUAUAG